ACGAUCGAUAAAUGACUUGGAGAAGUCAACAUUGUUUAGGAGGAGUUAGGCUUCAUCUUCAUUUUUUAUGUCUGUUAUCUCUACUGCAUUGGCUUAAAUUCGUAUUUACAUAAUUUUGCCAGUAAACGUGCCUUCAAUUUGCAGAAGUUGCGAUGUUCUAUUCUACUGUCAACUACAUACAGCAAGCAUAGUUUUUAUGGAUAACAAGUCUCAUAUAAUCCAGACAGACUGAGAUCUUCAAGUCCACUUGAGCACAAAUAGCCAGAGCAAGCAAGGAACUCGAAACACUGUAGCAUGGCUGACCUCUUACCCAAAGCUUGGAAGUCACUUUGGGAUGUCUGGGAUCUUCGGAGUUUCAUUUUUUUAAGUCUUUUCCUCCAAACAUUGUUAGUUCUAGUUGCUCCCCUAAGAAAGAAGACAUCACACGGUUGGAUCAUUGUGCCCCUUUGGUCAGCAUACUUGCUUGCUGAUUGGGCAGCAAACUUUGCAGUUGGACUCAUAGCCAGUAGUAACAGCGAUCCACCAACCAAAGACAAUAGCUCUACAGAUUAUGACCUUUACGCGUUCUGGGCUCCUUUUCUUUUAGUACACCUAGGUGGUCCAGAUACGAUAACUGCAUUUGCUCUGGAGGAUAAUGAGCUGUGGCUCAGGCAUCUAUUCGGCUUAUUAUUCCAAUGUAUUGCUGUGAUUUAUGUUUUCAUUCAAGCCCUUCCAGUUAAAGAAAAUCUAUGGAUCCCAACUUUACUGGUGUUUUUAUCUGGAAUCAUCAAGUACGCUGAGCGCACAAGGUCUCUAUAUCUUGCAAGUGCAAGUAGCUUUCGUGACUCUAUGCUUACAGAGCCGGAUCCAGGGCCAAACUAUGCUAAACUCAUGGAUGAGUACCACUCGAAAAAAAUUGCUAGACUUCCCACACGGAUUGAAAUGCUUGCGGAGCCAGAUAGGGUUAUCAAGGCUGCCAACAGAUUUAAUAAAGAUGAUUUAACAGACUUGCAAGUGGUGCAGUAUGCUUAUCGCUACUUUGAGACAUUUAAAGGCCUUGUGGUUGGUCUUAUUUUUAGCUUUCGUGAACGCAACCAGAGCCGAGACUUCUUUCUUGCAAGAUCAGCUGAAGAUGCAUUCAGAGUAGUAGAGGUGGAACUCAAUUUUCUUUAUGAAGUUCUCUUCACCAAGCUCCCUGUUGUGUACGAUGGACUAGGAUACUGCUGUCGGUGUAUCUCCUCCGUUGCAGUCAUCAUGUCCUUUGUACUCUUCUAUUACAUUGAUAAGGAAAAUUUCCAAGGGUUUGAUGUAGGGGUGACUUAUACUUUACUUCUCGGGGCAAUUACAUUGGAUGUUAUUGCAUUUGCUAUGCUUAUUUUCUCAGAUUGGACCACUGUGGCUCUCAGGAAGUCACCAGAUCCAGACAACUCAAGUACUAAGUCCAGAUCUUAUAGGCUCCGAAGCUGGUUGUUGGAAAUAAAGACUAGAAAAUUGAAUUUAAGUUGCUUCGCGGUCUCUUUACCAAUCAUAUCGCGCAGAUGGGCUGAAACUAUGUCAACAUACAACUUGAUAUAUUAUUGCCUAAACAGACGUCCUAGGAAGAGAGAACUUAUUUAUGAUUAUAUGGGCCUUACUACAUUUUUGGAUGAGAUUUGGUAUGUGGAUUGUGCAGGAUUCGAUGAUAAAUUAAGAGACUUUAUUUUUGCAGAGCUGAAAGGGAAAUCUCAGAUGGCGGAUGAUCUGGAAACGGCUAGAGAAAUAUGUUCAGCCAAAGGUGAAUGGGUGCUCAGAAUAAAAGAUUAUGGCCGGAAAGAAUUACUUCCAUUUGUGGUUGAUGUUGACUAUGAUCAGAGUCUUCUUUUGUGGCACAUUGCUACUGACCUUUGCUACAAUGAUAAGGAAGAUAAGCCACUAAACAAGGAUUACCGCGAUAUUGCUAAGCUGAUUUCAGAUUACAUGAUAUAUCUUCUGGUUAUGCAGCCUAACAUGAUGGCUGCAGUGGCAGGCAUUGGGUUAAUAAGGUUUCGAGAUACAUGUGCUGAGGCUUCAAAAUUCUUUAAAAACAGUAAUGUAGCACUCCCAAGUAAUUGGUUUAGUUCUUGUUUUGGAAGGGCAAUGGAUCCAGGGGUGUUGCAAUUGGCCUGUGAAAGUAUUCUUGCAGUCAAUACCGAGGUAGAACCAAUUACUAUAAAGGGGGAUAGAAGUAAAUCUGUGUUGUUUGAUGCAGCCAUUUUGGCGCAUACAUUGAGAAAGUUACCUCAGAAAGACACGGAAAAUGGGAAGGUAGAUAAGUGGUUCAUUAUAAGCAAAGUUUGGGUAGAAUUGCUAUCAUUUGCUGCAACUCAUAUCAGGUCAGACUCCCAUGCACAACAACUUAGCAAAGGCGGGGAUCUUAUAACUAUUGUUUGGUUAUUGAUGGCUCAUUUUGGCCUGGGAGAUCAAUUCCAGAUAAAUGAGGGUCAUGCUAGAGCAAAGCUGAUUGUGGGAAAGUAGCUUAUAAAUGUUCUGUCAUAUGCUGUAGUGUAAUCAACCUGCAGUUGUCUCAGAAUGUGAUGCAUUUUAAUUAACAGAGGAAAGUGAAUAUGUAAAAACUUGUCUGCUGUUUCUGAAAAUAAAAGUACUGUUAGCUCUUCAUUUGGUACUUCCGUUCAAUCUAAAAUCUGAAAUCAGAUAUUACCAAGUGUUCAAUGACACAGUACUGACUCUCUUACAAGAGAAUGGCUUCAUCGUA